GCGGGGCCGGGGCAGCGGCGAUGGAUGCCGGAGCCCGCCCGGGCGGCGGCGGCGCCCCGGGGCAGUCCCGCGAGUACAAACUGGUGAUGCUGGGAGCGGGCGGCGUCGGCAAGAGCGCCAUGACCAUGCAGUUCAUCAGCCACCGGUUCCCAGAGGACCACGAUCCCACCAUUGAGGAUGCCUACAAAAUCCGGAUACGCAUCGAUGACGAACCUGCCAACCUGGACAUUUUGGACACGGCAGGACAGGCAGAAUUCACGGCCAUGAGGGACCAGUACAUGAGGGCUGGCGAGGGCUUCAUCAUCUGCUACUCCAUCACGGACCGGCGCAGCUUCCACGAGGUGCGCGAGUUCAAGCAGCUCAUCUACCGCGUGCGCCGCACCGACGACACCCCCGUGGUGCUGGUGGGCAACAAGUCCGACCUCACGCAGCUGCGCCAGGUGUCCAAAGAGGAAGGCUCUGCCUUAGCACGGGAAUUCAACUGCCCCUUCUUUGAGACCUCGGCCGCCUUCCGCUACUACAUCGACGACGUGUUCCACGCGCUGGUGCGCGAGAUCCGCAGGAAGGAGAAGGAGGCCGUGAUGGCCUUGGAGAAGAAAUCCAAGCCCAAAAGCAGCGUGUGGAAAAGACUCAAGUCCCCCUUUCGGAGGAAGAAGGAUUCGGUCACUUGAGCAGAAAACGGGACGAAAGCUGUGACCUUUUGUAAGCCAAGCGGCUCGGUGACAACGCUGGCAGCGUGUGUGACACCUGAGGGGACUUUGUGAGGGAACUCUGCCAGUUGUUUUUGCUUUAGAACCGUGUUGCCUUGAUUCUGGGCGUUGAACUCCAGACCCAGGGACAGCUGUACUUUGUUUGUUGUCAUUUUUUUUCCUGGACCCGGCACGUGCUGGCCACCGAGGCCGAUGGGUUCGUGGCCCUGCGCUUGGGAGUUGUUUGUCCUUGGUCACAGAGCCCUGGGAGCUGAGCUGUGCAAAGCAUUGCUGGAGUUGCACCCAGCCUCUCUGAAUCCGUGUUGUUUGCACAGGAGGAUUUUGCUGCUCUCCAGAACAGCAGUGCACGGUGGGAGAGGCUGAACAGGCCUUGGAGGUCACCGAGCAGAGCUGGGCUGGACUCCUGGUGCCCUCGUGGGACAGAUCUCCUUCCAGGAAAAACUGACAUGGGAUACUCGUGUGCAAGUUCGUCCAAGCGAUCAGUUCACCAGCAGUGCUGUAGGUGGGAUGUAAACGAGCCAGAACCACAGAAUUAAUUAAAUUGGAAAAACUCUGGGAUCAUCCAGACCCAGCACCACCCUGACACCCAGACCAGGGCCACGUCCAGUCCUUCAAACACCUCCAGGGACAGUGACUCCUCCACCUCCUGAGCAGCCCCUUCCAAAUUCCAUCACCCUUUGUCACAAACCGUGGUUCCUGUGGCAGCAGAGCAGGAACCUGUGGGAUUUUCCUGCUGGAGCUGCUGCCACAGCACGUGGGGUGUGAUGAGCUGGAGCAGGCACGGCUUGGAGCUUGCUGGCUCGUUACAAAUCCCGGGGGGAACGGGGCACUGAUCGUUUGAUCCGUUUUGUGUCGCCCCAAAGGAAGCAGAGACUUUGGGGAGCGUGAGUCCCACAGACAUUCCCAGCUGUUCUCUGGGAGCUGUUCUGCAGAGAAAACGGCUGAUCCUGAGGGUCUGGGCCCGGAGCUGCCAUUCCCUGCUCCUGCUGAGGCUCUGCUGGAACAGCCUGAGCAUUGCUGGAGCAGAGCAGGGCAGCGCGGGCCCAGCAGCUCCUCCCUCCCUGACCUCGCCUGUGCAGGGCUGGGGCGGUUUCUGAUGCUCACAAAGAGCCGUUUGCUUGUGAGGCAGAUCCUCCACACGUGGAGGGAGGGACUCUGUGCCCUGGAGCUGAUUGAUGUGGCAGCAUUUUGGGAUCAGGUGCCUGGUGCCUCUCUGGGUUUUGCUGUUUAACAAUAGGGCAGAUUACAGCUGGGGGAGUCAGACGUGGGUAGAAGCAGCUCCUCUGAACCAAGUGCCUGGAAUCCUUCAGUGUGAGAGGGAAGGAGCUGAUUGGACUUCAGCGAUCUUCCUGAUCACCCCUCAGAUCUGUGCCGUCAGUCUGUGCCAUCCAAACUGAAAUCCCAGGUGUCGAAGGAAGUGAGGAUUAAAAAAAAAAAAAAAUAAACCCCCCAUAGAUAUAUAUAUAUAUGUAAAAAACCUCCUUACUGCCUAAGAUAGGACUGGAAAUCCUGUGCCUGUUGGUUUGAAGAAUAUUUUCUUUGUGGAAGAUGUCAACGGAUGAGAAGCACGGCGGGGGCUACGUCUUGCAUCUCCUUUGUGAUGAGCUGAACAUUUAAAUUGGUUUCCAUUUCUCAUCCUCUCCCAGCGCUACACUGCUCUGGCAGCAAUACGGAGUGAAAAAAUGGCUCGGAAAAGGCUGAGGAGAAUCCAGAUUGUUCAGAAUUUCAGACUCCCUCACGUUCCUGUGCGAGCGGCCGCGUGCGCCCCUGCAGCCUUCACCGAUGUUCUCACGGUUGGAUUAAAAGCUGCCUAAAAACUCGGAUAAAAACUGGAGGAAGGGGAAGAGGAAUGAGCUCAGCAGUGGCUCUGAAGCGUUUUUUGGGUCUGUCAGGUGUUUCAGAGCCAUGAUGCAUUUCCCAGCGCUUUUCCUUAAAAUCUCCAGCAGCUCUCAGAGCACAGCUGGAGGAGCCUGGCAGAGGUGCUGAAAUGCUGUGCAGGACAAUUCUCACCCCUCAAUAACUGAAUUCUGUGCCUUACCCGAGUCCUGCAGUGCAGUUUAGGUGUUUACUAAUGCCUUCGGUGAGCCUGUUGCUUGUAGAACUCGUAGAGCAGAACAGCAGCCAGCACUUUUCUUUUUUCUUUUUUUCUUUUUUUUUUUUUUACACAGUGUUAUUCGAAGAGUUUUAUUUUUUGCCACGUAUGAAUUUGUACACAGAACGAUUGUUUUAUUUGACACAAUACACGUGAUUUUUAAUACAAA